GCCAAUAAAAAUAUAAAAAAAAAAACAGAAGUGGUGGUAUUGCUUCAAACGAUCAAAACUAUUUUUUAGAUUUGAUACCAUUAGUAAAUUAAACUGCAGUGAUUAACAAUGAAAGUUGUUAUUAUUUUCGCUUUUAUCUGCAAUAUUGCAUUUGCAGCUCAUGUUUACCCGGAAUACUUAAAACAAUAUCGCUGCAAGGCAUCUUCGGAAAAUUAUAGUGAAUGCUUUCUAAAUAAGCUCAGAAAUACUCUGCCCUACUACGUUAAAGGCAUUCCUGAAUUAGAUAUACCUCCAUUUGAUCCGUUUACACUACCUAUAUACAGUCGCAAUGUAAACAUAUUGGGAAACAAGAUUAGUGCGACUUUCAAAAAUUCGAUUGUAACUGGACUAAGGAACUCUAUUAUUCAUAAUGCUAAGGUUGAUCUGAAUAACAACUAUGCAGAAAUAAGCGUUACUAUUCCUUGGUUGGAUAUGGCCACAGAGUAUGAUAUUUCUGGUGAAUUCUUUCAAUACCCACUAGAUGUGAAGGGUACUUUUAAAGGAAAUAUAACUGACAUUCAACUUUUCUCAAAAUCUACUCUACAAACUUUCAAAAAUAACGGUGAAGAUUAUUAUAAAUUUGAUAAAAUAAACCAAAAAGUACAAAUUGGAGGAGGCCAUAUUGAAAUAACAACUACAGAUAAAGAUCUUAUGCCGAUAGUUCAAACAAUACAAGAAUAUUUUAAUGAGCAUCCCAGAGGCUUCUUUAACUUGAUAUUGCCAUUCACAUUGGAAUACGCACAAGACCUACUCAGAGAAUUUGGCAAUGAAUAUUUAGCCAAUCUUCCUGCUUCUGAAUGGUUACCGCAGUAAACAUAAAUUUGAAAAAAAUAGUAGACUUAGUAGUUUAAACAACAUAGUUUUUUAGUUAAAAAAAUUGACCGUAGUAUUUAAAUAAUAUAAUGACAAUAAUGUUGUUGAUGAUCAGUUGAGAUAUAUCUAUCCGCUAUUCUAUGGAAAAUUCCAGAAAUGCAAUGCAUUUUGAAUUAUGCCCAUAAGUGGAGUAAUUCGUUCUAGCAGCAUAUAGCCUACAUGUUCAAAUGGACUGAGACCCGUAUCUUCUGUUGACCAUAGCAAUACAUACAUUUCCUCGUAGAACACUUUUUUGUGAUUAUUAUUUUUACUUUGUGAGUAUUUUGUAUAUGUGAAAUAAAAAUAUUAUAUUUUG